CCGAGUGUUGAUUCCGAACCGAGCGCAUCUUCAGCUCCAACCCUUUUACGGGUAGAAUUUCCAUUACUUGAAGUCUUUUUCAAUACUGUCGUCCCUGCUAUGCAUUUCCAGUCGGUUGGAAACACUGAAUAACGAUUUUACGCCUACUGGCACAUUGCAGGUUACUUUGUUGCCUUGUCAACUACGCGUUCCGGACAUAAUUAAUAUUUGGUAGUAACAAGUCACCAGAUGUUUUGGCAUACAUCGCCCACAGUUCAACUGGGUCGGGGAAUCUGUGCUCCACCAAAUUAAACAAUGUCUCUAUGGAUUGGAAUACAUGUCAUCUAUUUUCUCUUCUCCACAAAAACAUCUUGCGCUUUGGUGAGAAAAAAAGCUGUCGUAGGUUUUACCACCAUUUCCAUAUGGAAGAAAUAAAGAAGUGAUUACAUAUCUACACCAAGAGGAAUGAGUCGCCUUUUUACAAACAUCUUUACGGCCUUAAUUGCAUCUUUAAUUGGGACGGUCAACUACAGGAUGACAGAUGCAAAGGAGUAUGACUCCAGAUCCUCAGGAAGAGGCUCAACUAAGCUGAUGUCCCCAUCUGACUUCUUGGAUAAACUGAUGGGCAGAACAUCAGGUUAUGAUGCUAGGAUCAGACCCAAUUUUAAAGGUCCUCCUGUAAAUGUUACAUGCAAUAUUUUUAUCAACAGUUUCGGCUCUGUCACAGAGACCACAAUGGACUACAGAGUAAACAUCUUCUUGCGUCAGAAUUGGAAUGACCCACGGCUCGCCUACAGCGAGUUUCCAGACUCCUCCCUGGACCUAGACCCUUCCAUGCUGGACUCGAUUUGGAAGCCUGAUCUAUUCUUUGCCAAUGAGAAGGGUGCGAAUUUCCAUGAUGUUACCACUGACAACAAACUUCUGAGAAUCUUCAAAGAUGGAACGGUCCUUUACAGUAUCAGGCUGACUUUAAUCCUGUCUUGUCCAAUGGAUCUGAAAAACUUCCCUAUGGAUGUGCAGACAUGCACCAUGCAGCUGGAAAGCUUUGGCUACACCAUGAACGACUUGAUAUUUGAAUGGAAGGAUGAUAGUCCUGUGCAGGUUGCAGAUGGUCUGACCCUACCACAGUUCAUCUUAAAAGAUGAAAAAGAACUGGGAUACUGCACCAAACAUUACAACACAGGUAAAUUCACCUGCAUUGAGGUGAACUUCCAUCUGGAGAGACAGAUGGGCUACUACCUGAUCCAGAUGUACAUUCCCAGUCUUCUCAUCGUCAUCCUGUCCUGGGUGUCCUUCUGGAUCAACAUGGACGCCGCACCUGCCAGAGUGGCACUGGGCAUCACCACAGUGCUCACCAUGACAACACAGAGUUCAGGCUCGCGCGCAUCUCUGCCAAAAGUCUCCUAUGUGAAGGCCAUAGAUAUCUGGAUGGCGGUGUGCCUCUUGUUCGUAUUUGCUGCCCUGCUGGAGUAUGCAGGAGUAAACUUUGUCUCCCGGCAACAGAAGGAGUUUCUGCGCUUAAAGCGAAGACAGAGAAGAAACAAGGAUGACGAGGGUCGUUUGAACUUUUCGGGCUACACCAUGGGCCCCUGUCUGCAGAUGAAGGAUGGUAACGCCAUCAAAAGUGCGACGCCGAAUGCAGUGCAGGUGGGCCCCACACAGCGGGAGACGGAUAUCAUAAAGAAGAAGUUUGUGGACAGGGCCAAGAGGAUUGACACGGUGUCUCGAGCUGCCUUUCCCCUCGCCUUCCUCAUUUUCAACAUCUUUUACUGGAUUACGUACAAAAUCAUCAGACAUGAGGACGUCCACAAAAAGUAGCGCUACCAACCAAGGGGAUCUGCCAAAAAAGGUAGCGGCUAUUGGUUGUCAGUUUCUCUAGGGGGAGGAUCGUGUCUGGGACAGGUCGCCAGUGGACCUCUACAUAGAGGGGAGCAGUGAUGUGAAAUUUGUUUUCUCUCUGGGAUAACAAAUCUGGGUUUAGCUUUCUGAAGAAAUGGACAGAGUCCCACACAGUGCAGUGUUUCUGAUGAGAUGUGAUAAGCGUUCAGGAGCCAUGGUCUCCAGGAUGGUUAAACUGUUUCAACUACUGAUGGGCCAAAUGUUGUAUGAGAUCACCACCAUUGUAUUAUUAUUGCAUUGAAAUGACCAACAUUCCGAGAGUUUGUAUGAGCAAAACCUAAGAUCAGGAAGGUUUGCUUUUUAACGUGAGGUUUCCUAUAGUGGAUGACUACACCGUUUUCUACAGCUGCACAACAACUGUUUUUACAGACUGAUCAGUAAGGCCUAAUUUGUCCAUUCACAAUAGUGAAAUACUGCUGUCAUUUCUAUUAGAAACCUAAAGCCUUAGAUAUUAUAACGCAAGAUCAAACUGUAUGCUUCCUUCCUGAUUUUGUCUUA